CACUGCGAUGCCCAAGAAGGUCCUGACGCCCGAGGAGGCCGAGGCGCGGCGCCUCCGGCGCAACGAGCAGUGCAAGCAGUACCACAUCAAGAACCGCGAGCGGCGCCUCGCGUACAAGCGCGAGAACCACGCCAAGAACAAGGCCCACCGCCUCCAAAAGAUGAAGGAAUGGCGCGAGAAGAACAAGGAGCGCCGGAACGUCUACUUCAAGGAGUGGUGGCGCAAGAACCGCGCUAAGACGUUUGCGCCGAGCGGUACCGACUCGGACGACAGCUCGAGCUCGACCAACCUUCUCAUGCUGAGCGAAGUCGCGCUCCAGGUCAAAGUCGAGUCGCCGCUUUCGUCGUCCGACGACGACGUGCGGAGCAAGACCGUGACCAAGCUGACGUGCUACCUCAAGAACGAGACGCUCUACUGCCCAUUCGUGUAGACGCGCGCGUAGAAGACGGAUGCAUAGUUGUCGAUCGUAAUUUAAUCUCUUUUGCUGCGUG